CCAGAGUCACGUGGCUGUGUGAGUCAGCAACAUGGCGGUGGACGUUUAUGUCAUUUUCUGAAAAGGGAUUCUGAGUUUCCAAUGCCCUGAUUCGGACAGGAUCAUUCUCUCUGUUCUUAUCCUACUGCAGCCGCAGAGAUUCGAAGGAAGGGAGAGACAAUAGCGAAGAUGGAGUGGUUCGGCAGUGGAUCUCCCGGAUUUUCUAGGGAGAAAGAUGGUGAAAGUGUCGGUUCGAACAGCCUCCUGAGUUCGCCACUGUGCCAGCAGGUCGGCGCGGCCAGCGUGGAGUCCCUCUGCAGGAGCCAGCAGCAGUGCGUGAAGGACUCCAUCGUCGGCAGCUGGCAGCUGGCGGAGGCUCAGGACAGGCUGUGUGGGCUGGAGCUGCACGGCUCGGAGUCGGCGGAACAGGAGCGUGCCCGGGCUCAAGCCAGCUCCGCGGAGCUCUUUCAGACCGAAAGGGAGUGGAGACACAAGGAGAGCCUGCUGGGCAGUGAGGACAGAAAGAGCCCUGUGCUCUGUAACACCUACAGCAGAGAUGUGUUCAAUAAGAGUAUUAUUAAUGUGCAGAAUGGAAACAAAGAGGCAAAUGAUGAUCUUAGCCAAACCUUUAUCCAGAAAUAUGAACAUCAGUUAAGGCAUUAUGGUAUGCUGAGGCGAUGGGACGACAGUCAGCGAUUCCUGUCUGAUCACACUCAUCUCAUUUGUGAGGAGACCGCAAAUUACCUGGUUCUGUGGUGUUUCCGCCUGAGUGCAGAAGAGAAAGAAGCUCUAAUGGAGCAGGUGGCUCAUCAAGCAGUGGCCAUGCAGUUCAUUUUGGAGAUGGCCAGCACAAAUAAAGAGGAUCCGAGGGGCUGCUUUCGAAAGUUCUUCCAAAAAGCCAAAGAAGGCCAGGAAGGCUACGUGAAUAUCUUCACGGCUGAACUGGAAGCUUUCAAACAGCGAGUGAGAGAGUACACAAUGAAGUGCAAGAGUGAGACUUUUACAGCCCCCGAGCUUCAGAACACCCCAACUGUUAGCUUACUGGACCCUAAAGAGGUCCUGGAGUCUUUACCACCUGACCUGAAGAGGGGUUUUCAGCUGCAAGAUAUGCAGAUUCUGCAGAAUGUUCUCGGCAACAUGAACCCACAGGUUGCUGAAUACUACGUGAAACGCUGUUUGGAUGCUGGGCUGUGGGUCAGCUCUGCUAAUGGGACAAAAGGAGAAGCCACAGAAGAUACCAGGACAAUGGAGACCUCAUAGCGAAAGACUGCCUUGACCUAGGGAUUUCCUGCAAAAGGGGGACUGAGGCUAUUUUUCUAUUUAAAUCAGUAUGCGCCUCAACAUGUGCCGCACUUUAUAUUUGUUCAGUGUUAUUUAAAAGGAAAUUCUAUAUUGGAGCAUUGCCCUGUUUUGACUUUGGAGUUGGUUUGAAAAAGGAAGAGCUGCUCUUGCCACGCGUUGAAUGUUGCAGCAUGGUGGUAUUUAAGGAUGUGUGCACCUUAAGUCUUCUUUUCACCUUGUAAAGUCUCCAGAAGAGUGUCAAAGCCCCAUUACAGGGGGGAAAGAAAGCAUCAUUUUCCUUAGCAGCAAACAAAGUUGGCUAUUGGCUAUUGCUUUGUCACAUAAAUUCCAGGAUGUUAAUUUAUUUGUUCCUUUCUGGUUUAUUGGUGUAGCCAUUAACAGUCAGAUUGAAGCAGUUCUUUAUGCUUUGAAAAUAGAGUACAACUGAAAUUCUGCAUCUGCAACAUUCAGAGCUUGAUACAGCAGAAAGAAGGCAAGAAUAUUUUUCCUCAAUGUGGACUUCUUUGUUCCUGUGUUGCCUUGAUGCCCACGCCCCCAUGAGAAUGAGACUUGAUGAUCAGCAAGGGGAAUGUCGUCACUCAGCUCACGGUCACAGCAUGAGGGCAGCCAAAGGUAUAGGUCUUCUCUGAGAUCGGAAGGCGAUAAGGCUGAGCUGUACAUUUGCUGAAAUACUAUUUCUUUGUCCAGAUUUUGUUCUUUCUAAACAUACUGUAAAUCAUUUUGUACACUUCAACUGACAAGGCUAUAAAAUGAAACAGAUUGAAGAACCAUGGAGACAAAGCUUAAUAUGGCUACCACCUUGCAUAAUGUACAUAUUUGCAUUUUCUCUUCAUGUUUUACUUUAUUAACACAAUACAACUAAUAAACACCAUCCUGUCUACCACAUUAUAUAAUUGUACUAUGCAGGCCAAACUCGAGAGAACCAGGAUGAUACAUGACCUCUCCGAUAAUAACGCAAACCUGACCGUCUCACUUCGGUUGAAUUUUUUUUCCUGGAAUCAGAAAUUGAUCAUCUUGAAAGCGACAAAAAAGUGCAUUAUGAGCUUGUCAGUCUUUUAUAUGGGUUGAAGGUUUCCUGGGCAGAGAUAAAAUGGUGCCCAUAAGAUGUCUGGAGUACUUUGUGUUUCUGAUCAAACAUUUGAAGGAAGAUGGGAUCUGUCAGAGUGGUAAACCAUGUAGGGCAGGGCGUGAAUGAGGAAAAGAUUUUAUGAUGGAAAAAGUGUGUCUGUUAGUGGUGUAAAGAUUGUUUAAGUGGGUGCCUGUCUGUGUGCGGUUUGCAUCUUAUUCUAAUACUAGUUUUCGGCAAUUCCUCUGUCCUUAAAGCCAUGUAGGUUAGGCUUGAUGGGGAAAUCAAGGGAAAACAUUUUUCACUCAUCCCCAGUUAUAAUGCAUAUGGUUUUGCUUUUCUUUUUGUUUUGUUUUGUAGUCCUGCAACCACCAUUUUCAGUUCUGACAUAAUGGAAAAAAUAAAGUCAUUGUCAUGGGGUCAUGACAUGAAAUCAUGAAAGGGGUCAUGUCUCCAGAUGAAAGCAAUGCCGGGAAGCUGAAAUCCUGCUUAUUGGAUGUAGCCAGUGGAGAAAAGCACCACUUUUCAUCAUAACAAUUGCAAAGCUUAGAUUAAAUUUGAAUAUACAUAUCUGUUUGAGUAUAUUUUUUGAGGUAUAUAUAGACAUAACUUUUAAUACGCUUCUGGGAAAUUUAAGAUCUUAAACUGCUGGUGUUUUAAGCUUUUGUCAAUGGCACAUAUGGUUUUGCAACAUUAUUUGGUAUGCCUGGCUGAGGGGAAUAUAUAUCUUCAAUAGUUCAUAAAAUAGGUUUACAAAUUAAUAGCCCCACUUCCUGCUGCCUCUUAUUUUUUGUUUCUGGCUAACUUCUGUCAUGUUGUAAUUCUGAACAAAACUUCCAAGUGCAUUUCAGUAGUUACUGCUGCAAAUAAAUAAUGUCACAGUGUAAUGUGUUAUUUUUCGAUACAGUGCAGCUUUUUUUGCUACAAAUGGGGAAAAAAACUGGAAUCACUCUUCACCAUUAAUGCCUAAAAGAUGUUCUAAAAUAAGUAUGUUCAAUAAUAAAGAUAAAUGCAGACUGCUGU